UUUUUAAGAGUAAUUUGAAAAAGGCCAGUUGAAAAUGGCGCAUAACUUGAGAACAGUACCAUAGAGAGACUAGAAUCCCCUACUCAAUACUCGCCAAACCUCCGUCUCCGUGGUGUCGUCGACUCGUCGAGCAUGGCUUGGGAUUUGAUCUAUUGGCUUAUCUGCUUCUGCAUCGACCUUGCCCUCUUCGCCUCAAGCCUUUACCAGUACGUGAUGCUAACGGACUUGGAGGCUGACUAUAUCAACCCUUACGAAUUAUCAUCUCGCAUCAAUCAAUUGGUUGUCCCUGAGUUUGUAGUGCAUAUAGUCUUCUGUUCGCUUUUCCUCGUGACACAGCAUUGGUUCAUGUUCCUGAUUACAGUCCCCAUUACUUGCUAUAUUGUGAUGUUGUUUGUAAAACAGCAGCAUCUUAUUGAUGUCACUGAAGUCUUCAGGGUUCUUAAUACUGAGAAGAAGUGCCGGCUUGUCAAACUUGGUUUUUACUUUUCUCUCCUCGCUAUCAUCAUUGUCAGACUUGCCAUCUCUGGAAUAUUAUUUCCGAGGUCCAGAUCUGAAGAAUUUGACCUUCGUGCCUCUUUUCUAGAAUUCUAGAACCAAUGCUUUGUAAUCUAGUUUGAAUAAUAUUCCUAAAUCCCAUAUCUUUCACUUAUUUGAGAUAGUUUAGCACCUGAUAACAUGAAGGAUUAACUUAUUCCUUUGUUUAUAUUAGCUUGCAAAAAUUUCUCAACUGGGUUUUCUCUAUUUCUUUUAUCAUGAUAUGGAUUACUUUUACAAGUUGCUCUUUAUAUAGUGGUGAUGUGUUUAAGAUUUCUUGAUGACCCCGCAACCAUGGUAUCCAGUUUCAUUGUCUUUUACUUGAAUGUAUUGACUUCUACCAAGAAUCAUCUCCCUGGACAAAAAAGAAAGGACAUUAAGCUUCUGAAAUGUGAUAUCCACCCAUUAGUGAAUAUGUCUUAUUCAACACACAGGAUUCCUUGUUAUCGAUCAAAUUGUAAUAAACACCUCUUUACAAUAGGUUGUCUUUCAAGAGCCUGAAUCAAAUAUUUUAAUAAUCUGAUUUACAUCAAAUAAAGGAGAAUACUUGCUUAUUGAUGAAAUUGUGGAUAAUUUUCUAUAAGCAGUAUGCAAAGUUCACUGAAAACUCGAUGCACACUUGCUUUCAUUUUGCAUCUAACUUUCUUCAGUUGGUGAAAUUAUUUAUAUUUCAUUGUUCAUGGGAGGAAUUUAUUUUUCAAAGAUAAGAAGGGUUUUCUUAAAUAAUGUCAAUGAGGACAUCACACACAGCUAUGCUCUUACGAGAGAGAGAGAGAGAGAGAGAGAGAGAGAGAGAGAGAGAGAGAGAGAGAGAGAGAGAGUUUUCUUUGUCCACUCAAAAGCGCCAUCUAAAAAUUGGUGCUCCUUUAGGAAUGUUCUACCCCUUCAAAAAGCUCUACUGUUUUGUUUGUGCCAUAAGCACCAAAAGAUACUCAACAUCUUGAAAUUGAUUUUGUUAAGCCUUCUAUUUUCUUUCUUCAUCAGUUUAUCUGGAGGCAACAUUUGUGGUCGGUAGUUGCUUCUUUUGCCUCCCUCAGUGACUUAUCGUUAUCGAAUGCUGAUAAAAAAUCCUA